AUGAGUUUUUUCUUCAGCGGGAGCCAAAAAUUGUUAGCGGAGCGGGGAGAGAAGCGGGAAUACCGGGGGGUCACCAGGCGGAAUGUUUGUGUUGGGGCGCGUUUCCGGGGGGAGGAAACCGUGAGGGAUGGAUCGCUCGUGGGGGAGCGGGAAGGGACGGACCACUUCCGGCGGAACCGGGUGACGCGCCCGGUGCCGGUAACGGACCCGGCAACCGAUCCUGACGUGGAGCCGCUGCACCGGGGCGGCUUCCGCUGCCGUCUGUGCCAGAUCACCGCGGCCAACCGUGAGUCCAGCCUGCAGUCUCACCUGGCCGGGAAGCGGCACCAGCGGCUCCGGUGGCUCCGGGCCGAGCGGCGCGCUCAGGAGCAGCGGAGCCUCUUCGUGAGCGGCUUCCCCCGGGGCACCGAGCCCGCGCAGCUGCGGCAGCAUUUCCGCGCCUUCGGGGAUGUCGCGACAGUCGUGAUGGACAAGGAGAAGGGCGCGUUUGCCAUCGUGGAGCUGCGGGACCCCGCGGGGCGGCAGCGGGCGCUGGAUGAACCCCGACAUUUGCUGGGGGGGCGGCGGCUGGCGGGUCGGAUGCGGCCCCGGGAGCACCGGGACUUCCCCCGGCCCCCUCCCCGGGACCCCCCCGGGACCACCCUGGGACCCCCGGGGCUGCUGCAGGAGCUGGGCCAGGCCCAGGAUGUGGGGGCGCAGCUGGAGCUGCUGGUGCGGGCGCUGGAGCUGAGCCGGGCCGAGCGGCGCCUGCGGGGGCUCCUGGUGAGCCUGAUCCAGGAGGUGUUCACCGAGUUCUUCCCAGGCUGCUCCGUUGUCCCCUACGGCUCCUCCGUCAACGGCUUCGACGUCCACGGCUGUGACCUCGACCUGCACCUGGAGCUGGGGGAUGGGGAUGGGGACCCCCAGAGCCAGGAGACCCCAAAUGGGGACCCCCAGAGCCAGGAGACCCCAAAUGGGGACCCCUCUCUCAACGGGUCCCUGUGGGAGGGCAAGGACCCCCCCCUCCAAGGGUCCCUUUUGGGGUCUGGAGGGUCCCAUUUGGGGUCUCCUUUAAGGAACAAGGACGACCCCCCUUCCAGGGAUUCCCUUUUAGGGUCCGAAGAGUCCCAUGAGGGGUCACUUUUGGGGGACAAAGGAUCCCAUUUGGGGUCUGAGGGGUCCUUUUUGGGGUCUGAGGGGUCCCAUGAGGGGUCCGUUUUGGGGGACAAAGGCUCCAUUUUGGGGUCCCAGGGGUCCCUUUUGGAUUCCGAGCCCCCCCCUCCUGCGGGGUCCCCGUCUGGCUCUGAGGGGUCCCUUUCAGGGGAUGAUUCCCCUGACCCCGAGGGGUCCCUUUUGGGGUGCGGGGGGUCCCUUUUGGGGCGCGGGGCCCCCCCCGAGCAGGUGCUGGCUCUGGUGGGGUCGGUGCUGCGGCGCUGCGUGCCGGGGGUCCGGGGGGUCCGGGCUGUGCCCGGCGCUCGGCGCCCCGUGGUCAAAUUCAGCCACAAACAGUCCGGGCUGGCCGGGGACGUGUGCCUGGACAACCGCCUGGCUCUGUUCAACACUCGUUUCCUGCGGCUCUGCGCCGACGCCGACCCUCGGGUGCGGCCCCUGGGCUACGCCGUGCGCCUCUGGGCGGGGGGGCAGCGCCUGGCAGGGAACCGGGCCGGGGGUGGCCCCCUCCUCACCAACUACGCCCUGACCCUGCUCGUGGUGCUGUUCCUGCAGAGCCGCAGCCCCCCCGUGCUGCCCUCGGUGCGGCACCUCCACCACCUGGCAGGCCCCCAGGACCGAGCCCAGGUGGGGGGGUGGGAUUGCAGCUUCCCCCGGGACGCGGCCGAGCUGGAGCCCAGCGGGAACAGCCAGAGCACAGUCUCUCUCCUGGCCGAAUUUUUCUCCUAUUUCGGCACCCUGGAUCUGGGGGGGCUCCUCCUGUCCCCCCUGGAGGGUCGAGCUCUGCCUCGCCCCUCUCCCGAGACCCUCGGGGGUCUCCGCCCGGGCCCCCUGACCCUGCAGGAUCCCUUCGAGCUCAGCCACAACGUGGCCGCCAACGUCACCCCUCGCACGGUGUCGCGAUUUGUGCGCUGCUGUCGCGACGCCGCCCGGCUCUGUCGCGGCCCCGAGUUCCAGCAGAAAUCGCGCAGGGGCCGCCCCUGGGGAGUGAUGCGGCUGCUCCAGCCCGGUCCCACCGGGAAUUCCGAGGGGAAAUUCCUCAUCCCGGUGCCGCUGCCGUCCCCGGAGGGGUCCGGGGGGGUCCAGCACCGCGAGGUUUGUGCGGCCGUGGGGUUCGUGCUCAGGGAGGUGUUGGGGUGCGGCUGCGAGCCCGAGGGGGUCCGGGGGGAAUUUGGGGACCUGGAGACACCGGGAGACGCGGGGGAGCCACCACCGGGAGCUGGAUGUCACCUGGAGGGGGUGACAGACGAUUCCCGGGGGGAAUUUGGGGUGCUGGGACAGUCGGGGUCACCUGAGCGGGUGCUCGCGGAGCCACCGGGAUCAGGGUCCCAAAGUCACCUCGGGAAGGCGGAGGGAGAUUCCUCAGGGGAAUUUGGGGACGCGGAGACACCGGGGCCGGGCUGGAAGCGUCGCGUCCCGAGGGGGUCCCGAACGGGGCCGGGGUCCCGCCCGCAAAGCGCCCCCGGCUCCCCCCGGUCCCGUCCCGGUGGAGCUGCUGCGUUUGGCACCGGGUGUGGCGGGGCCGCCGCCGCCUCCGCCGCCGCCUCCGCCACCGGAGGGGACCGGGGGGAACCGGGGGGAGGGUCCUGGAGGGGGCUCCGGGUCCUGGGGAGCUCGGUGGGGUUCGGGAUCUCGAGGGUCCCGCUAGUCUCGUAGGGUCCCCGGAUCUCGGUGGGGUUCAGUGUCCUGGGGGGGUUCGGGAUGUCGGGGGGAUUGAGAAUCCCGGGAGGUCCCCGGAUCCUGGGGGGGUUCGGGAUCUCGGGGGUCCUGGGGGGGUUCGGGAUCUCGGGGGUCCCGGGGGGGUUCAGGAUCUCGGGGUGUCCCCCCUGGCCCUGGAGCGGGCAGUGACCGAGGCCAUUGUCCGAGGGGACACCGAGACCCCCCCCGGGCUCCCCCCGGAGCCGCUGCUGCGUUUCCAGCUCAGCGCCCGUCCGGGGGGGUCACGCCGGGACCCCCAAAUUCUGCUGUGUCUCCAUCCCGAGCCCGACCCCCCCUCGCCGCUUUUCCAGGAGUUUUUCCACUUUUUGCGGAGUUUUCUGCCGGAAAUGGUGCGGCAGCGCCUGGGGUGGGGGGAGUUUUGUACAUCCUGAGGUUUUCCAGUAAAAUCCGUUCUGCA